GCUCGCGCCAUUUAAUAACAAAAAUGGCCGUCGUAUCUUGUGCAAGACUGUGAAAGAGUCUCUCUUCUUUCUCAAUUUUCGGAAGCUGGUUUACCUCAGCACUUUGAAACAUGGGUCCGAUGGAUGGUUAGAAAGACGUCAUGUCUGGUGGUGGCUCAAAGAACCCUUCCACUCGACUUUUACCUCCGAUAAAAAAUCCUCUCUUUAACCCGAAUGAAGAUCCGGAAGAAGUUAGAGUUGCAUCCGUGAAUAGCCAUCCAGAGCGACCUCGUCCCGGGAGAAGGUUGGGUGGUUUAGGGAAUCUUUUCAAUUCACGACAUCGAAACUCUGCUUCUCCGAGCAAGGCGCGCGAAGAAAUCGAAGGAUGUCGCGAGGAUGCCAACGAGAACUUGAAAACCCUUUCUCCAGGUAGUAGUAGGCCUGUCUCGAAGGAGUCGGAGAGAUCAAAUAAGGGAAAGGCUAUAGCAAUAGAGGCAACAAAAUCGGACACGGGGUCAGGGAAUGUGAAAACGGUGAACUCAAGGGUACCUAAUUCAUCACGCUUCGCCCGUAACCUCAGCAACCCAACGGAACCAAUAAACGACACCAAUUCCAGUUGCGAUUUGCCACCCGAUAACGAGAAAAGUAAACCUGUUUCAUCUUCAAAGCAGAAUUCAAAGUCUGAGUUUACCGAAAAGAAGAGACCUGUACUUCUGCAUAGAGACAAAGAAAAGCGUUUACUGGUAAACCAACGUAGCAAUGAUGACUGCAAGAUUAAGUCAGCGAAUUCUCGACAUGAAAGACUUCAUGCAACUUCCUCUUCGGACACUGAGGUGGUCUCUCGUCGAGAGAUCCGUUCACGAAGAGAGGAGAAGAAGUCUGAGAGGAUAAAAUAUCACGAUGCCUUGUCGCUAAGAAAUGACAUGAGGACAGCCUUGGCAACAGGAGAUUAUCAAGCACUUCUUGAAUUUUUGACAACAACAUUUGAUUCGUUCUCUGAGAUGAACGUAGUCUUCAAGCGAAAAGACGAGUAUAAUCCUGAAGAAUUAUCUGAAAGCGGUAUUGAUCACGACUUUGUCAGGAUAGCAUAUGAAAUUGUUCUUACCCUGCCGCAAGAGGUGCACAAGAAUGUUCUCAAGUCUGUAGUGAACAGCUUGUUACAAGAAAUUAAAAGGCAAAGAACAAAAGAUGAUCUUAGAGCGUACACAAUCCUUCUACAGAAUCCUCAGUUUGACAAAUCAUCAACAUAUGUAAUCUUUGCUUAUCUUCUACGGCAAGUGUCAUCUCUUACAGAUGGAGAGCAUCAGUACCUAGUACACUGGUUCAGAAGAUUACCUGUUAAUUCCUUCAAGGCCAUUGUAACAAGAGUAGAGCAGUUUAUUAGUGUGCGUCUUAUUCCCACCAAAACCAAUGAGCUCCCACCUGAUGAGAAAUGCACUUGGUGGAUUCCAUCUGCUGUUAAAGUCCUUGCACUUUUGAAUGCUUCUAACUGGCUGUUUACUCCCCCUGUUGUUAACCACAGUUUUUUCUACAAUCACUCACUAGAUCAUAUCGAUCUAAUGAGUGAGUAUUAUUCGUGGCAGAAUCCCACAGCAAAUCCCGGCAAAUUCUCGUUCUGUCAGUACCCUUUCAUUCUUAGCCUGGCAGCCAAACGUUACAUCAUGCAGAAGGACUCUGAGUCACAGAUGCUUGUAAUGGCGAGGAAAAGUCUUGUGGCCAAAGUUCAGAGAAGAGAAAUUCCAGACAUGGGAAUGCUUUUUCUCAACAUCAAAGUUCGUCGCUCAAACCUGAUUUCUGAUUCGCUAAAUGAGAUUUCCAGAAAGCAAAGAGACUUGAAAAAGAAACUAAAAGUCACCUUUGCAGGGGAACCAGGAUUGGACAUGGGUGGGUUAACAAAAGAGUGGUUUCUUUUGCUGAUUAGGAGAAUUUUUAGACCAGAAUAUGGUAUGUUUACUUACAAUGAGAAGUCAAGGACGUACUGGUUUAGUAAAACGUGUAUGGAAAAUGACUCUGAGUUCAACUUAGUUGGUGUUCUGAUGGGAUUAGCAGUGUACAACAGCAUUAUUCUGGACAUAAGAUUUCCCCCUUGUUGUUACAAGAAGCUGCUGAGUCCAGCCGUAGUUCCGUUUCACAAUCCUAACGCAACAGUGGGUAUCGCUCCAUUAGGACUUCAGGAUCUUGUGGAAACAAUGCCAGAUCUUGGUCGAGGCCUGAAGGAGCUUCUCGAGUAUGAAGGUGAUGUGGAAGAAGAUCUUUGUCACACAUUCCAGAUAUCUUACACAAUAUUUGGUGAAGUUAUCACGCACAACCUCAAGCCAAAGGGCGAUAAAAUCACCGUUACUAAAGAGAACAGACAAGAAUACGUGGAUCUUUACGUGGAUUAUCUUUUAAACAAGUCCAUUUACCAGCAGUUUGCGUCGUUCUAUCAUGGCUUCCACAGUGUCUGUGCUUCAAACGCCCUCAUUAUGUUACGCCCAGAGGAAGUGGAGAUGUUAGUCUGUGGAAAUCCUGAACUUGACAUGGAUGCUCUUAGAAAAGUGACAGUCUAUGAUGGCUACACGAAGAAUGAUUCCGUUGUUAGGUAUUUCUGGGACAUAGUUCUAUCCUUUUCAUUGGAGCUGAAGAAGAAGCUGCUGCUGUUUGCAACCGGGAGUGACCGUGUACCCAUCGGUGGGAUGGGUGAAAUGGAAUUCAAGAUAAUCCGUAUGGAAGUAGCCCACAGCACCAGCAUGUUGCCAAUGUCUCACACGUGCUUCAACCAGCUCAUUCUUCCUCCGUAUAAAAACCGAAAGAUUCUGAAGCAAAAGCUCACUAUUGCGAUUUCCAAUGCCGAGGGUUUUGGAAUUGAGUAAUGAUCAAAAUGGAGAGACUUAGUGGAUUUUUCAUUCUACGCUUACCAUCAGUAUUUUUCUAACCUGCAAAGCCGGACUUGUGUGGGAACAGCUCAUAAGAUACACAGUGAUCUUGUCACCCUUGAAAGGAAUGCACGGACAUAAACAAAUUUAAGGCGUGGCAGAAAAAUGUUCGUUUUCUAAUACCGACUUUAAUCAGCCGGGAUUAAUCUUAACGUAACACACUAAGGGUUAAAAAUUAAAUUUCUUUUAUUUCCAAAUUUUCCAAAUUUCUGAAUGCUUCGAUAGUUCCGUUCAAAAAAAAAAACGAGGACCCGACCGUUUCGUGUUUUGGCUGUUACCUCAGUGUUAGAGAAAGGAAGUAAAUUUUUUCAGUGAAACGGCUCUGGAAUUAAAGUUUAAUUGAUCAUCUUGUAACAUUAGAGUCGACUGAAACGAUUCUAUAACUGAAAAUUUCGGGUGCGAGUUGGUAGUUUAAGCCAAAAUAGCGAUCUGACCUCAUUUGUAGAGUUGUGGCGUUUUUUAAUGAGUGUGAAAAUAUGUUGCAUGGACUUCUUCAUGCGUAUCAAUGAAUUGUUUUUCCAAGUCCUAAUUGUUAAAGAAUUUUUUUAAAAAGUGUAAAGGUAUGGCAGUUGUAAACAGUGUAUAUAGCUAGUCCACGUAUUUAGAUAGCGUUUUACCAAAAGGACAAUUUGUCUCAACGAGUCCGUAGAUGUUUUGUGUAGUACUUUCUGUUGACAAGGGUUUCGUGGUAUUCUGCUCACUUUCUUUCAGGGAAGUGAAGUAAAAAAUGUCAAGGGUGCAUGUAUCAAAUUAUUUCCCAUAAAUUAAUUUGGAAAGGAAACACAUUAAAGAGUGCUUGCUUAUAGAAA